GAAAAUUUGAUAAACCUUCAUUUAGAUUACUUUAGUGCUCGUGAGCAGUCCACUUUGAACUAGCACUUGUAUUUUAAACUUCUGUAAAUAUUACAGUUAUUAAAAAUAGUUUAUUUUAAGUUCUUUUAAAUCAAUAAAAGUUCAAUAUAUUUAUAUCUUUUAACUGUCAAUCCAAGUGUCACAUAGUAUUGUCAAAAUGAGUAACGAAAAGACGGUGCCGAAUGCAAUAAAAUUCCUUUUUGGAGGAACUGCAGGAAUGGCUGCCACUUGUUUUGUUCAACCAUUAGAUUUAAUAAAAAAUCGAAUGCAAUUAAGUGGUACAAAAACAUCAGCAAUAAGUGUAAUGUCUUCAGUGACAAAAAAUGAGGGUUUCUUAGCUUUUUAUUCGGGUUUAUCUGCUGGUUUAUUGCGUCAAGGUACAUAUACUACAACCAGACUUGGUGUCAAUGCAUGGUUGUAUGAAAUUGUUUCAAAGGAUAGCCCGCCAAACUUCCUUAUGAAAGCAUUAAUAGGUAGUACUGCUGGUGCUAUAGGAGCAUUUGUAGGUACACCUGCUGAAGUUGCUUUGAUUAGAAUGACUGCAGAUGGUAGACUACCUGUUGUUGAGAGACGAAAUUAUUCAAAUGCAUUUAAUGCAUUAGUUCGUAUAGCCAGAGAGGAAGGUUUUUUAGCAUUGUGGAGAGGUACUGUUCCAACAAUGGGAAGGGCUAUGGUUGUAAAUGCAGCUCAGUUAGGAUCAUAUUCUCAAUCUAAAGAAAUAUUGCUUGAUACUGGCUAUUUUGAAGAAGGUAUUCCAUUACAUUUUGUAAGUUCCAUGAUAUCAGGUUUAGUAACAACUCUUGCUUCUAUGCCAGUUGAUAUUGCUAAGACAAGGAUUCAAAACAUGAAAAUUGUGGAUGGUAAACCAGAGUUUAAAGGUGCAAUAGAUGUCAUAGUUCAGGUGUGUAAAAAUGAGGGAUUAUUUUCAUUAUGGAAGGGAUUCUUUCCUUAUUAUGCUCGUUUAGGUCCUCAUACUGUUUUGACAUUCAUUUUCUUUGAGCAAAUGUUUAGCAUAUAUAAAACAUAUAAAGCUUAACAACAGAUACUACAAACCUUAUGCAUAUAUAUUCCAAAUAGUUGUAAUUCAAUGUGUUUCUUGAAUAAUAUAUAAUCAUCUAUAUUUCAUGCAAAUCUUCCAAAAAAUACACUUAGAAGAUAGUUCAUAUAUAGUAUUGUGCAAUAUCAUCAUUUUAUAGUCAGUACAU